CUUCAAAAUGACAACCAAAGUGUUCUGGCUCCUCUGCUUUGUCAUUAGAUCAUCUUCCACCUCACUGGCCGGAUCCCUGCCCUAUGCCGAGAAACCCAGUCAGACUCUCAGCAAAGAUGUUUAUAGUUCAGCAGAGGCUGCACCUGGCCAAAGCAAACUGCCAGCCUGGGGCACCAGCAGCGCCAGAGAGAAUCGCACAGAAGGCUGGCCUCUGCCUCCCGCCGACCUGCAGCGGCCAGAACCUCCCGAAAUCAUCUCCCUCUCAUCAGACAAAAGGAAACGCACCAAACCUUCUCUAGAAAACAGCACAGGGCUGAGGAAACACGUCUUACAGUAUGGAGGGGCCCUGCCUCUGGAGAGCCCGAUGGAGGGGCUUUCUGCCUCUGCUGACUUCAACCAGGCAAACAGAAAGCAGGCGGAUAGACGGCUGGCUGAGGCUGCCAACAGCGUGUCGGCUCACCUCCAUCACCCAGCGUCUGCCUAUCAGAAGACGACAUCCUUAGUGGAGGCUCAUCCUCUCCCAGACUCUGGAGCACUGGAGGCAGAUGAUCCGAACAUGCUGGAUCACUUCAACCGACCAGGCAAGAUAAUCCCCUAUAAUAAACAUACUGAUCCCUUCAAAACGAUCGCCAGACCCUCCUGGGUCACCAACCGCCAGACAUCCAGCUUGCCGCACCACUUCAGUGUGCUGAAGAAAGAUGGUGAUAAGGAGAAGGCAUGUCUGACCGAGUGCAGGAGAGACAGAGACGAAGUGGAAGCCUACUGCGCCAGUGAAUUUGCAGUGAACGGAAUUGUUUAUAACAUGGAAAAACUGGGGAACGGAGUCCACUUGGUUACGCUUUUGGUAAACAGCGAUGGAUUAUACAAGAUGAGUCGCCUGUAUAUCGCUCCUGAUGGCUUCUUCUUUCAAGUUCACAUUCUAGUUGUGGAUACUUUAAACUGCAGCAAACCGUGUCCAGACUUUAAACUUGGCAGUAGAUACAUUGUGAUGGGUCGGAUCUACCACAAGAGACGACAGAUCCCUGCCAACCUGCUGCAGUUCCUGCAAGGGCGCCUGAGGCCAGGGGAUGGCUUGCUUCGAAGUAGCAGCAGCUAUGUGAAGAGAUUCAACAGGAAGAGGAAUCGCAAAGUGCAGGCGGCUCACACUAAGUGUAGAUAAGGCCCCAGGAACUGCCGCCUAUGGCACGGGCAGCAGCAGAAUUCACCUACCAGAAUAAACCUGACUGUGCUUUAGCAACAGUGGGAGGCAAUUCUUCUCACGUCUGAAACUGGUUGGGACAGGACACGUGCUUCUGUGCUUUAGCAAACACUAACUGAAUGACUUGACCUAGGAGCUGAUAUAUUGUCAAGUUUAGCACAAAAGUCAGUCUAGGGAACAUGAACUGGUUGUGAAUUUGCUCCAGCUCUUUCCAGAGCCAUGGGUUAUUAUUGCCUCCCCUGCUGUAAUGUUCCCCUAAUAAUCUGUAGUAAUUGUAAACUAAAACUCUGGAGGUGUUGUUCUAGGUACACGAGAAGUAACUGCACUUUCACAUCCUUAACCUUGAACAAUGUUAGAUGAUACCACUGCUUUAUCUAUAAAGGAUGUCCAUCGUGUUUUCA